ACAAGCACGAUCAGUUUUUACUAAAAGGAAAGAAGUUCUCGAGGCCGAAAGCUUCGCUCUUCAAUUAGUCUUUCGGACGCCGCCGUCGAGGAAAGCACAGAACAGUAACAUUCGACAUUCAACUCAAAAUUAAGAAAAAAAAAUUAGUUCAGUUCAUAUAUCCCACAAAAAAGGGGCCCGGAGAGAACUCGGCGACGAGGAAGUGCAUUCGUCAUGGCAAAGAACCUGGAAGAUACUUUAAAUGAUUUGAACGGCGAACUAAUCAACUUUGACAAAGACCGGAAGACGUUUACAGCGCACUACACCGAGCUGAGGAACCAGCUCUACUCCCUGUGGAAGCGCGACGAGAAGCUGGGCUAGCUGCUCAAGGGAUCCACCUUGGGAGGAAGCUAUGGCGACAACCUGAAGGUGUCGAAGCCGGACGAGUUUGAUUUGCUGAUUCACUUGGAGUUCCCCGAUAAUAACAGGAUCAUUGUGAAGCCGGAUCCCCGUAGGCCAGGGAACGUAACGCUGGACAUGACGAAGGUAAUGGAGGCCAUCAGAGAUAGUGAACAUCACAGACCCAUCUACGAGCAGCUCCAAAAGUUGGUUAACGGGAAGAACAUGCUCCUGGAGGACAGGCUGCAGAACUGGCUGCAGGGCCUGGUUACCCAGGCGCUAAACAAAAUUGGCAACCAGAUCGAGGUGAACAAAACGAUCUCCAAGCUGACGUACAAGAAGUGCGGGCCUGCACACACCAUCUUCGUGACAGGGCCCUACAAGUACUCCGUGGAUUUCGUGCCAGGCAUCAAGCUGGUAGCCGCGCAGAGCGUCCUUGCUGGAGAUCAGAAGAAGCACUUUGGCAACUCCACGCACUGGGAUGCGAUUCCCAAGCCCCUAAAGCCUCCUCAGCCCGACAACAACUCCUUCCGGGCCUCCUACUACGUCGCCGAACACGAACUGAUCAAGGACAAGGCCAACCUGAAGAAUGCCGUGCGUCUCCUGAAGAAGUUCCGCGACGCGAAGCAGAACCUGAGCAAUCUGAAGAGCUACUACAUCAAGACAGUCUUCCUCUGGGAGGUCACUAAGCGGGAUCCCCGCUACUGGCAGAGCCCCCUCCAUGAGAUCUUUAUUGAGAUGAUGAGCAAGUUGGCCAAUGCCCUGAAGCUGACUCCGGGCAAGGGUAAGCUCCAGUUCUUCUGGGACCCCAAACUGGACAUGAUCGCCGAUCUGAGCUCCACCCAACGCGCUGAAAUGUUCAACUGUGUAGUGAAGAGCUUGUACCGAUUCCACAGGGCCGAAGGCAACUUCACGGAUGACAUAAGGAACAACAUGCGCAGCUCCUUCAGUAACCGCGAGGAACGGGGCAUUGAAAAAAAGCCUGCCAAGCCGACGGCCAAUCCCAACACCCAGUUGUGCGAAAAGAAUAAUGUGGCAACCCAGUGCCAAAGCAACCCAGGGGACCUUCCCGUUUCGAAUUCCGCAACUCAAAUAGAGAUUGUAACGCCCAAUCGUGAGUUGGUUACCAAAGAGAAGGCAAGCCCUCCGGCGAGCGAAGGAAACCCCAAGCCGAAGCCGAACGGAUCCUUGUUGAAGCCAGAGCCAGACGUCCAACAGAAUCCAAUGCCAAUGAUGAAUACCCAGUUGUGCGAAAAGCAUAAUGUGGCAACCCAGUGCCAAAGCAACCCAGAGGACCUUCCCGUUUCGAAUUCCGCAACUCAAAUAGAGAUUGUAACGCCCAAUCAUGAGUUGGGUACCAAAGAGAAGGCAAGCCCUCCGGCGAGCGAAGGAAACCCCAAGCCGAAGCCGAACGGAUCCCUGUUGAAGCCAGAGCCAGACGUCCAACAGAAUCCAAUGCCAAUGAUGAAUACCAAAGAUAGCCAGCCGAAGCAUAGUCUAAACUCUCAGAUGGGCGAGAAGAAAACUGGGGAAACCCAGAGCCAAGGCAAUCACAUUUCGACGCCCAACCCCCAGUUGGGUGCGAAAAAGAAGGCAAGCUUUUCCACGAGCCAAGGAAGCCCAAAGCCGAAGACGAACGGAUCGCUGCCGGGCAGUGCAUCCAAUACGAAGCUAUAUCCAGAAGUCAAACAAAAGUCACUGCCAAAGAUUGGCUCCCAGCUUAAGCCCAGUAGCAGCUAUCUAUUCCAGAGCCAAGGCAAGCUCAAGCCGAAGGAGAAUCCUGCUACGAAUUCUGCAGUGGAGAAUGCAGCUGCAACGCUUAAUACCCAGGAGGGUGCCAAAAAAGAGACAUGCGAAGGAAACCCCAAGUCAAAGGCGAGGGGAUCCUUGACGGGCUCUGCAUCGAAGACGAAGCUGAAGCCGGACGUCAAAGUGUCAUCAAACUGCAUCGUGAACUAACCUAGGAUA